CUUUGAUGUUUGCAGCCUUUGCUUGAGGCCACUGUCUGAAUGAAUUCAGAUGUUCCAGAUGAGAAGAUACAGGUACAGGUUCACAUAAUAAGGCUGUUCUCCAUCACCCCCUCCACUACCAAUCAGCUGGAGCGCUGCAGCUCCCCGUGCUAUUCCUUUCUCCACUGCUGCAGAUUUCCAGGGCUCUGAGAAAAGGAGGAGGACCCAGAUUCUGCUUUUCAGAUCCACGCGCUGAUCCCCACUACAACCAGUGACCUGAACUUGGAGUCUGAGUAGGGUGGCCCUGGUGACUGAGAUGGCAUCGUCUCUAAAGAUCUGGGGCACACUCUUGGCCCUGCUUUGCAUCCUAUGCACACUGCUUGUACAGAGCAAGGAAGUUUCUUGGAGAGAAUUCAUGAAACUGCACUACUUAAGUCCAAGUAGAGAAUUCAAAGAGUACAAAUGUGAUGUCCUCAUGAGAGAAAAUGAAGCUCUGAAAGACAAGAGCUCUCACAUGUUUAUCUAUAUCUCGUGGUACAAAAUCGAGCAUAUAUGCACUAGUGACAACUGGAUGGAUCGCUUCCGAAAUGCAUAUGUAUGGGUCCAGAAUCCUCUCAAAGUACUCAAGUGUCACCAGGAGAACUCCAAAAAUAGCUACACAGAGAGCAGGAGCUUCAACUACAUUGAAUUCCAUUGUAGCAUGGAUGGGUAUGUUGAUAGGAUAGAAGACCUAAAGAUGAUAGAACCUAUCAGCAACUAGAAAGUCUAUGCACAUCCUCAGGUAUUGGUAGAGUAUUCAGUGCUUUCUAAGUAGCGGCCCCUGCCUCCAUCAAUAGCCCCUACCACUCCCCACUUGCAUUUAUUUGUCAAUGUUUUCCAAAUACUUAGAGUUAUGAAUAGCAUAAUUUCUUGAUACCAUAACCUUGCCUGUGUUGUUUCUCUGACUGGAAUACACUUUUGUCUUCAUUUACCUAAUUUACUCUUGCACUUUUGUCAACAUUCAGCUCAUAUGGCAUCUGUUCUUGACUAACCCAAGACUUCCUGAUAUUCCCUCUCUUAAUACAUACCCAAGCUGAACAAUCUUCCCUUCCCUAAAUAAAUUAUAUGAUUCCAAUGUGUGUGUGACAUUCAUAUAUGUUAUGUGCACGGAGUAAGUAUUGUGUGAUUGAUAUGGGUGUGUGUGAUCUAGACUAUGCAUGUGAUUGAUGCUGUGCAAGGGAUUUAAGGUAUAUUUUAUGGGUGUAUGUCUAAUGUAUGUAAUAUGUUUGUG